CCGCCCCCGCCCUGCCUCUUUCUAUAGCGAACCUCUCUACCUCGCACUAUUCCUCCCUACGGAGCCCGGCCCAUCGCCAUCCGGCCAUGUUUGCAACCCCAGCCUCACUUCCGCCACCAACCCUACCGACCAACAGCUUAGUGCCCGGCCACCCCGCCGGCACCCCCUACCCAGAGCGUGACCUCCUGAGGCAGGAGCUGAACAACCGCUUCCUGGUUCAGAGUUCAGAGCGGGGCCGGGGGCCGUCCGCCUCUCCGCUGGCCCCCGUGUCGCUCCUGAGGGCCGAGUUUCACCAACACCAGCACAUGCACCAGCACCAACACACCCACCAGCACACCUUCACGCCCUUUCCCGCCAGUCUGCCCCCGGCCGCCAUCCUCACCCCGCCCACCGCACCCCCCAUGGUGCGUACGCAAGCCAGAAAUUUCGACAAAUACACCCCCAAACUGGACAAUCCAUUCAUCAGACAUUCAAACUUCUUCCCCUCCUACCCCCCCACCAUGCCAGGCAUGCCCCCGAUGCUCCCACACUCAGGACCCUUCAGCUCGCUGCAAGGAGCCUUCCAACCCAAGUCAUCUAAUCCCAUUGACGUUGGGGGACGUCCUGGAGCAGUACCUCACACACUCCUGCAGAAGGAUCCACGGAUAUCAGAUCCAUACAGGACAUCCGUCAGGAAACCUGGCAAGUGGUGCGCAGUGCAUGUCCAGAUCGCAUGGCAGAUCUACCACCACCAGCAGAAAAUGAAGCAAAUGCAGCUGGAUCCUCACAAACUAGACAUGAAUGGGAAGUUGGACCUGUUCAGUCGCCCCCCAGCUCCUGGAGUCUUCCCAGGGUUUCCAUACCCUCACGACCUGGCACGACCCCUCUUCUCUUCCUCAGGCCCAGGCCACCCCGCCCCCUCUCCUUACGGCCAU